AUGCGCAAGGCAGCAGCAAAAAAGAGACCGCUCGCUGAUGAAGAGGAAGGGUACAGAAAAAUCAAAGCUGUGAAGGGGGCCCGCGAUGGUCCCACAGAUAGUAACAACUUCCAUAAUCUCAUCUUGCUCCUGGUCAACACCCAGGACCCAGGACCCAGGACCCAGGACCCAGGACCCAGGACCCAGGACCCAGGACCCAGGACCCAGGACCCAGGACCCAGGACCCAGGACCCAGGACCCAGGACCCAGGACCCAGGACCCAGAAAAUGCUUAUCAUAA